AUGACGCUGACCCCAUUGAUUUGUGCGGCGUGGUCAGUUCAUGUUGUUAAUCCAUUUUGACUGAAAACCUGCAAAAAUGGUGGAUGCUUUCUGCGCUACAUGGAAACUGCUGGACAGUCAGAAUUUUGAUGAGUACAUGAAAGCGCUCGGUGUGGGCUUUGCCACAAGACAAGUGGGCAACGUGACCAAACCUACAGUGAUCAUCAGCCAGGAUGGGGAUAAAGUGGUCGUGAAGACCCAGAGCACCUUCCGCAACACCGAGCUCAGCGCCAAACUGGGGGAGGAGUUUGACGAGAUCACGCCCGAUGACCGAAAAGUCAAAUCCACCUUCACCAUGGAAGGGGACAAAUUUGUGCAAGUGCAAAAGUGGGACGGGAAAGAGACCAAAUUUGUCCGAGAGCUCAAGGAUGGAAAGAUGGUGAUGACUUUGACGUUUGAUGGCGUCCAGGCUGUGCGAACGUACGAGAAAGCCUAAUUUUCUAAUAUUUUAUUCGUAAGGAAUACUUUCCUAUUUUUAUGUUAUCGUCUGUCCUACUGAUAUUUUUAACCUGUUAGACAGGAGCGUGAAAUAUCCGCGCUUCUGUUUUUAAAUUGAAGAAAAUAUUUAACAUGCAAACAUUUAAUAAAGCAAACAUUUGAUGGUUGAAUAA